ACCCACACACUCCAGGACCCAGACGCUCCAGGACCUACACUUUCCAGGACCCACACGCUGCAGGACCCACUCGCUCCAGAGGAGACAGACUCACAACUCCAGAGGAGACAGACUCACAGCUCCAGAGGAGACAGACUCACAACUCCAGAGGAGACAGACUCACAACUCCAGGGGAGACAGACUCACAACUCCAGAGACAGGCUCACAGCUCCAGAUCUGUAUCUUUUACAAUACAAGUCUAUCUAGGGCUGAAGGAGCCGGCCUGGUUUGAGCUUAUCCUUAGGAUUCAAGGAUCCAGGAAGUUGAGAUCGAGAGGAAGGGACGUUCAUCAUCAGCACCAUGGCGUCUGAGGGAGUGGUCGAGCUGCGUGAUUGGCUGUUCCUGCUCAUGCUCUGCCUGACUCUGUUGGCCGAGGUGCUGGAGAUUGCUGCAGCCACAGGGUACGACGAGGAGGGAGACCCAGUGUGCCCCUCUGUCUGUCGAUGUGACGAGGACUUCAUCUACUGCAACGACCGUGGCCUSAGCUCUAUCCCCCCUCUGCCCCCCUCUGCCACUGUGCUCUACCUUCAGAACAACCACAUAGACAACGCCGGGCUCCCCACCUCCCUGGAGCGUCAACUCACCAUCCGAGUGGUCUACUUGUAUGAUAACGAGCUGGAUGACUUCCCAAUGCACCUGCCACCUUCCCUCCGGGAACUGCACCUGCAGGACAACAACAUCCGUACGCUUCCCCGCGCCACCCUGGCCCGCAUGCCACUGCUGGAGAAGCUGCACCUGGACGACAACUCUGUCUCCACCGUCAGCAUCGAGGACCAGGCCUUCGUUGACAACCCACGGCUGCGCCUGCUUUUCCUGUCACGUAACCACCUGUCCAGCAUCCCUUCUGGGCUCCCAGCCUCUCUGGAGGAACUGAGGCUGGACGACAACCGCAUCUCCACCAUCCCCACCCACGCCUUCCGUGGCCUCUCCUCCCUGCGACGCCUCGUUCUGGACGGGAACCUCCUGGCCAACCAGCGCAUCGCAGACGACACCUUCUCCCGCCUCUCCAACCUGACAGAGCUUUCAUUGGUGCGUAACUCCCUCCUGACCCCGCCACUCAACCUGCCCAGUACCCACCUGCAGCGUCUCUCUCUGCAGGACAACGCUCUGAUCCACAUUCCCCGUGGCUCCCUGGAUGGCAUGAGGAGGCUCCAAAGACUGGACCUGUCUGGCAACAACCUGACCACCCUGCCUCGGGGCCUGUUCAAAGACUUGGACAACCUGGGACAACUGCUGGUGCGGGGGAAUCCCUGGCACUGUGGCUGUAACCUGCGCUGGUUACAUGACUGGCUGCAUGCUAGGGGUAACUCCAUCACGGUGAGGGGCCUCACCUGCCAGGGGCCUGACAAGGUUCGAGACAUGGCCCUUAAGGACCUGACCAGUCAGAUGGAGGAGUGUGAAGUCCCAGGCAUAGUGGCUGUCGGGGCUGGGGCUGGGGUCGGGGCCACAGGAAGUGAGACCAGAGACAGAGGGGGUGGAGCAGAAGUAGGAGGGGUUGCUGCUAGCUCCACCACCCUCGCCCCUCCACAGGGCUCCCUCUUCACCCUGCGCUCCAAGCGGCCCGGCCUGGGGCUACCAGACUCUGGUCUAGACUACACACUGGGCAGCAGUGGAGUAGGUAAGAGCCUGGCCCUGAAUGUCAAGCCCUUGACCCCCGACAGCAUCCGUGUCACCUGGAGCGUGGCCCAGCCCACCUCCUCCUUCAGACUCAGUUGGCUGCGGCUGGGAACCAGCGCUGCCAUGGGCUCCAUCACAGAGACCCUGGUGAGAGGAGACCGCAGAGAGUACCUGCUCACCUCCCUGCACCCCCGCUCCAGCUACAUCAUCUGCAUGGUGCCCCUGGCGGCCAGCUCCAGGGGUAAAGGAGCCAUGGCAGGUGGAAACACUGACUCAGAUGAAGCUCCAGUGUGCGCUAAAGCUGAGACAUCAGACCCCAGUCAGCCAGAUGUGGGCCAGGAGGACAACCAGGACCCUGAACACAUGGCUACUCUGCCUCUGGCUGGGAUCAUUGGAGGAGCUACGGCCAUCGUCUCUCUGGCGCUCAUAGUUGCCGUCUUUUGCUGGUACAGGCUUCGGGCCGGACGCCUGUCUUCUCGUGACCACUACAGCCGUGGCAGCUCCAGAAAGAGCAAGCACUGCAAUGACUACAUUGAGUCAGGCACAAAGAAGGACACCACCAUCCUGGAGAUCCGAGGCCCAGGGUUCCAGAUGACACCCAUGGUUACCCAUCAGCCGUUGCAACCCAUGCCCCUCCGGGAGGAUUACAUCAUCCACACUAUAUUCCCCUCCAAUGGCACCGGCCUCUACAAAGGUGCCCACCAAGUGUCCAAUGCAGGGUAUGGCACCAACCGUGGCUAUAGAGAAGGAGGGAUCCCAGAUAUAGACUACUGUUACUCGUGAUAGUCC